CAGAUCAUACCCGUCAGGUGCUUCAGUUGCGGUAAAGUCAUUGGGAAUCUGUGGGAGAGCUGGAUGGAGCUACUGGCAGCGGGUGUGAAUGAGGGUGAAGCGCUUGACAGGCUUCAACUGAAACGGUAUUGUUGUCGACGAAUGGUUCUCACUCACGUUGACCUUAUCGAGAAAUUGUUGAUGUACAACCGUGAGCUCUAUCCCCCAUCAUUUGGAAUUCUGCUCAUCCGUAGCGCAUGA